CUCAUCCUGGGCCUCAUGACCUGGGCUUACGCCGCCGGCGUGCCGCUGGCCUCGGAUCGCUACGGCCUCCUGGCCUUCGGCCUCUACGGGGCCUUCCUCUCGGUGCACCUGGUGGCGCAGAGCCUCUUCGCGUACCUGGAGCACCGGCGGGUGGCGGCGGCGGCGCGGCGGGCGGCGGCGCGGGGCCCUCCGGACGCGGCCACGGCGCGCAGCGUGGCGCUGACCAUCUCCGCAUACCAGGAGGACCCCGCGUACCUGCGCCAGUGCCUGGUGUCCGCGCGCGCCCUCGUGUACCCGCGCGAGCGGCUUCGCAUCCUCAUGGUGGUGGACGGCAACCGCGCCGAGGACCUCUACAUGGUCGACAUGUUCCGCGAGGUCUUCGCCGACGAGGACCCCGCCACCUACGUGUGGGACAGCAACUACCACCAGCCGUGGGAACCUGCGGCGGCGGGCGCGGCGGGCGAGGGCGCCUACCGGGAGGUGGAGGCCGAGGACCCCGGGCGGCUGGCGGUGGAGGCGCUGGUGAGGACGCGCAGGUGCGUGUGCGUGGCGCAGCGCUGGGGCGGCAAGCGCGAGGUCAUGUACACCGCCUUCAAGGCGCUCGGCGACUCGGUGGACUACGUGCAGGUCUGUGACUCAGACACGAGGCUGGACCCUGUGGCGCUGCUGGAGCUGGUGCAGGUGCUAGACGAGGACCCCCGGGUAGGGGCUGUUGGGGGCGACGUGCGGAUCCUUAACCCUCUGGACUCCUGGGUCAGCUUCCUAAGCAGCCUGCGGUACUGGGUGGCCUUCAAUGUGGAGCGGGCUUGUCAGAGCUACUUCCACUGCGUGUCCUGCAUCAGUGGUCCCCUAGGCCUAUACAGGAACAACCUCCUGCAGCAGUUCCUUGAGGCCUGGUACAACCAGAAGUUCCUGGGCACCCACUGCACCUUUGGGGACGACCGUCACCUCACCAACCGCAUGCUCAGCAUGGGCUAUGCCACCAAGUACACCUCGCGGUCGCGCUGCUACUCGGAGACGCCCUCAUCCUUCCUGCGCUGGCUGAGCCAGCAGACGCGCUGGUCCAAGUCGUACUUCCGCGAGUGGCUGUACAACGCGCUCUGGUGGCACCGGCACCACCUGUGGAUGACCUACGAGGCGGUGGUCUCGGGCCUCUUCCCGUUCUUCGUGGCGGCCACGGUGCUCCGGCUCUUCUACGCGGGCCGCCCGUGGGCGCUGCUCUGGGUGCUGCUGUGCGUGCAGGGCGUGGCGCUGGCCAAGGCGGCCUUCGCGGCCUGGCUGCGGGGCUGCCCGCCGAUGCUGCUGCUCUCGCUCUACGCGCCCCUCUACAUGGGCGGCCUCCUGCCCGCCAAGUUCCUGGCGCUGGCGACCAUGAACCAGAGCGGCUGGGGCACGUCAGGCCGCCGCCAGCUGGCCGCCAACUACGUCCCGGUGCUGCCGCUGGCCCUCUGGGCGCUGCUGCUGCUCGGGGGGCUGGUCCGCAGCGCGGUCCACGAGGCCCGGGCCGACUGGAGCGGCCCCUCCCGCGCGGCCGAGGCCCGCCACCUGGCGGCGGGGGCCGGCGCCUACGUGGGCUACUGGGCCAUCAUGCUGACCUUCUACUGGGUGCGGGUGCGGAGGCUCUGCCGGAGGCGGGCGGCGGGCUACCGCGUCCAGGUGUGA